AUGGUUUUUUACUUCAAGGUGCGGCCCGAAGCGGGCGACUUCACCAUCUACAUGGGACUCGACAAGUACGAGAACGAACAGCUCAUCAAAUACGGUUUCCCCGAGGACAUAUGGUUCCACGUGGACAAGCUGUCGUCUGCACACGUGUACCUGCGGCUGCGCAAGGGGCAGGGCAUUGAUGACGUCACACCCGAGAUGCUGGAGGACUGUGCACAGCUGGUCAAGGCCAACUCCAUCAUGGGCAACAAGCAGAACAACAUUGAUGUCGUCUACACGCCCUGGGCCAACCUGCGAAAGGCAGCUUCCAUGGACGUGGGGCAGGUCGGGUUUCACAACCCUAAGGCGGUGCGGAGUGUGCGAGUGGAGAAGCGACUCAAUGAGGUGGUGAACCGGCUGAACAAGACCAAGGUGGAGCGGACUCCUGAUCUGCAAGCUGAGAAGGAAGCGAGGGAGGCAGAGGACCGAGCAGCGAGGAAAGCAGUUCUCAGAGAACAGGCUCGGCGUGAGCAGGAGGAGAAGGCUCUGAAGCAGAAGCAGGCGGAAUUACGAAGUUACAAGUGCCUGGACGGAUGCGGGGGGCAGAGCACAUCGCCCAACGGCAAACCUGGGAUCGAUGCGACGGUUUCCACCAUCGCACACGAAGUCGCAGAGGCCGCGACGGAUCCUGACGCGGAGUAUGGAUGGUUCGACGCAGCAGGCGAGGAGAAUGCGGAUAAGUGCUCAUACGAGGUCGGGGCGACGAAGAAGGGUCGCGACAACCGUGGUAACACGUACGAGUACAAUCUCGUUGGGAUGAACGGCAUGCGGUUUCUGAUCCAGCAGAACUGGGACAGGUUGAAGAACAAAUGCGUAUCGCAGAGGAGGUAA